CGAAAGGAGACCUUAGACAGUAGUAACAAAUUGCCACCGUCAGAGGCCACACAAUCCGUUAAACAGUCCAAUUCAAAUAUCAAUUUAACACGUUCAACGCUAGCUCUUAACACACGCGUAGUUAGUCCAUCGAAUGUAGGUAGCAACGAUAAUGAUAACGAUACCGCACGCCAAUUAGUUGAUAACAUUAAGUCAAUUGAUCUGGGAACGGGCGAUGAGGCAGCCGCAGCCGCCCGUAAGGCCAUUAAACGCAAUUCCUCUAGCCUCAUCAGCUUCAAGUCGCUAGAUAUUAAUCUCAAGAGUAUCUAUGCGGGCUUCAGGGCCAAGAACUCCUCGGCCGAGGGGUCAUCGUCGGCCACAAAGGGUGGAAGUGGUAGUAGUACGGCUCCAUCUAGUGGUGGAAGUAUUCGCCGGACACCAUACUUGAAGAUUGAGGCUGUUGAUGAGGCGGAAUCGCUGCUCACGUACUGCCAAAGUCCGGGCACAAGUCGCUCCCUGCACCGGGGUAGUAUGGAUAAAUCACCGGGCUUCCUCAAUACACAAGCGGACCAAUCGCAGUCUCAGUCGAGUUCGCCCUACCUCUCCAUCAGUCCUACCCAUAUCCGGCGCUCCUCCACUUCCGAUAUCAUCGACAAGAAGCCCCAUGGAACUGAAAGUCGCCGUCCUAGCACCAGUAGCCUCCUGCGGAAGGCCAGGGAGCGCAAGGGCAGUGAAUGUGGGGCCAGGAUGGGCCGCAGUGUCUCACAUGGAGGCCUCACAAGGGGCGGCAAAAGAGGCGGACGCCGCACUAGUAUGGCCUUCUAAGUCAUUGGCGAUUGCUCCAACCUCCCUUCCCACAUCGAAUGGCAGUUUUUGACCUUAAUCAGUCCUGUUUCUUUUGAAAAUCAUCUCGUUCUGUUUUCGUAGUAAUUGAGUAUCUUUUACAGAGAGAAUGGGUUCUUUAUUUUAAUCAUGUGGAUGGAAAAGUUUGGAACAUUAUUGUUUGUCAUUCAAAAUGUCAACUUAUUUAAACUUGACAGCUGUCAGAUUUGACAGUUGACAGUUGAGUUCUCAAGGCGUUGGGAACUCAAUUUCACAACUAUCUUUGCCUUUUAAGUCACUAAUAAAAUCUUUUCUUGAGUUAGUUUUCUCUGUAAGAGAUGCUCAAGAUAAUUUUGGACAAGAAAAUUGAAAAAUUUGAAUUUGAAUUUAACGGAAAAAUCAGUUAGACUGUUAUUUUUGCUAUUUGUUCACUUUUUGUAGAGUUUUUAUAGGUUUACUGUAUUAAUUUGUGAUUUUGAUUCUAGUUCUAGAUAUUGUUGAAGUUUAUUUAAGUAUAUUCUAAUUUUCCCUAAAGAAAAUCAACCUUCAAAUCACCGUGGCGAUAAAUUGAAGUCAUUUUUCAGCAUUAACCAAUCAAAUAUCGACGCUUCAAAUCCUGAUAAAUCUCUCAAUCUCUUAGUCAUUAAAUGGCGAAUUUGUAGGCACUCUAUGAAGUGGAAAUUUUUGCAAUAAAUAUGCGAAUUUAGGAAAAAUGGUGAAUCUUAGCGGAAAUUCUGCAAAAGCGCUUAUAGCGCAUUUUAUCAUGGUUUUACCUGGAAUGGAUAGGAUUAAAUCAGCAUCAUAAACUUUCCAGAAGAACUUAUAAAUGCACAUAUCGCUAAAUUUUUCUUCUUUCCUUUUUUGGUAAAAAAAAAGAAUCUUGAAAGCUAAAGCCUUAGGAACUUUCAAACUCAAAACUUUCCAAUACAUUUAUUCAAUAUUUUUAUGGAUAAGAAAGCUAAAAUUCAACAGAGGCAUCUUUCAUGUUCUCUGCUAAAAAAAGGCUAAAGAAAACUUCCUAUCUCUACUUCCUUUUUCAACAUUUUCCGGAUGAAUUUCAAAAUAUAUGUUUUUUAGCUAUUUUUUGGGGGAAUAUUUGCAAUAUUAACAUUGUCUGUGCUCUCUCAAUUGAACAUCAAAUCUACUUUAUCUCGUUCUCUUUUCCCUCAUCGUUUUUCUGUGUUCAGUCAGAAGCAAAAGCACACGAAUAAGAAAAGAAAAAAAAGUAUAUAAAAAAAAUCCCCAUUCUAGAUCAUGAGCAUUUCAAACCAACAAACAUAUGAAUUUUAAAUAAAUAUGAAUAAAAGUAAAUAUGAAAAAUAGAGGCAACAAAAAACGGCACGUUUUCGCUAUUUUUAUACGGACUGUGAUUUCAUGAAUAUAUGAUGAAAAAAAUAUUUAUUAAAAAAAUGGAAAUAUCUUAUAAAAA